ACGCCAUAUUGCAUUUGUCGGACCAGAGAAGAAAUUUUCACAUUGAGGACGUGUGUAUUAAAUUAAGUGCCCGAAUUAUCUAGAAUUUUCAAUUAUCAGUGUAUUACAAAUAGCCGCCGCAACAAAGCAGCGACGACAUGUUGAAUAGAUAAGAGUGCACACUCUCCCACACACAUACACACACACACAAACACACACGCAAAAGGCGAGUGAGAAAGAGCGUCGGUCGGAGCGCUUAAAAGUGUUUUGUACGCCACAGGCAUUCACAGUUCGCAUUCACGUUUCCAAUAACGAGCAAAGCAUAAGCAUUACCGCAGAAAAAUCGUCGCCGAGCAGAUUAUUCUGUCAAGUCAAGAAGGUACUGGAAAGUAAAGCCCCAUUUAGUCAAAAACCGAGCAGGCGUCGCCUUCUAUGCCAGUGUGUGUAAAGGCACUUUGACGGACAGCAGCCGGACCCAAAUAAUCAGUUUCAGAUUCCGAUAAAGUCUAGUGCGGGUGCGCCUAUUUAACAUUGGCAACCUCAUUGAGACGCUUCAUUCUCAUUCUCGUGCAUCUACCACAUACAACGUUUACUCAACGUGACAAUUUGUUCUGUGAUUUCGUGUAAAGACUUUCCUGAACCCAAAACCGAAGAACAAAGAUGGUGAAAUUAAUUGCAAGCCUUCUGGUGCUGGCCGUGGUGGCCCAACAGGCGUACGGAGACUUUAAAUCCUUAAGCAAGAAAGAUAGCAAGAGUUUCGCGCCAGUGCGAAGGAACGAAGGGAAGAAGCUAAAGCAGAAUAAUGACCAUGGUCAAGAUCGAAUAGUGAAGAACGAUGAGUGGAGUGGCGAGUGCAAAGGCUCGCUGGAGGUUCCCGAGAUCCCCAAGGGCUGGAUGGACUUGAAGGACGGCUGCCUCAACGGCAUGCGCCACCAGAUCCAGGAGGAGAUCAACGCUUCAUACCAGUACCUGGCCAUGGCCGCAUACUUCGCCCGCGACACCGUCAACCGCCAAGGCUUCGCUGAGAACUUCUUCAAGGCCGCCAAGGAGGAGCGCGAGCAUGGCUCCAAGCUGGUUGAGUACCUCUCCAUGCGUGGCCAGCUCACCGACAGCGUCAGCAACCUCAUCACCGUGCCGACCGUAGCCAAACAGGAGUGGAAGGAUGGUGCCGCCGCCCUUGAGGAUGCUCUCGAGCUGGAGACCAAGGUCACCCGCUCCAUCCGCAAGUUGAUCCAGACCUGCGAGGGCAAGCCCUACAACCAUUACCACCUGGUGGACUACCUCACCGGCGUGUACCUGGAGGAACAGCUCCACGGACAGCGCGAGCUUGCCGGCAAGCUGGUUACCCUCAAGAAGAUGAUGUCCACCCACGGCGAACUCGGAGAGUUCCUGUUCGACAAGAGCUUGUAAAAUGGUUCUCACGUUCCCGUUCUGGACCACCCACACCACCGCCACCGUGGAGGAGGUGUCCGGUCACUCUUCAAACUUAUCAGCCAGCAAAUCGACUCCAUCUAGUGUUCUGUUAUCUAUUUCGUUAUCACCCGAGCUGAGACCCUUCCCAGAGUGUCCGCCAUUAAAUCACAAAUUAAAGCUUCAGCUUUCAUUCUCUUUGAUUGGCACUAAAUUCUCCCAAUAAAUUACCCGUUUCCUUCUGGCUCACCUCGGAUCCACGGGGCACAGCAAAAACCUUAGAGUUCUGUUCUUAUCAAUCCACUCCCCAAGCUAUCUAGUGCGAGAGCGGAGAGUAUUAUCAGUUCUAUGAGUGGUCAUUUACGCUAUGGCCUAUCGCUAUUGGGAAGGGUCCAAAGCUCUGGUAGGGAGUUCAGCAUUAUGCAAGCGCCGAGAUUCGCCUAGAUAUAAGUGACACGCGCAGGGAGGGAUCAUUUUAUAUAAGCCAUCAUGCAAAACUCAUACGAUACAUUAAAUAAAUAUCUCUAUAUUUUUCUGUCAAUUAGACCAGCAAGCUAUAAUAAAAUAAACAAUACACAAGA